ACGAUCAGCUAGACGCCAUCGACGCACGACAACCAUGAAUUCUUACCUUCUCCCCCCUACAUCGGAGGCGCUCAAUUAUCUCCCGCCCGUGCGCCUCCCCAACUCGUAUGGACGAACUCUAAGUUUUGCUUCGCCCCGUCAUCUCGCAGAGGCGGUAGACGUUACCCCACGGGGUGAGCGCCAGUGGUGGGUCGACCCGUUGGUUGAAGAGAAUCGGCAUCACCGAAGAGGGCAGGGAAUCCACCGUCGCUCUCACCACAGGACGCCGCCAGAAACCCAUCAUCCGAGUCAGCGCGCCAAUCCUGCUUAUGCCAACCCCUACGCACCACCCAUACCUGCUCCGCGUCCGGCACGAGCGCCGAUGCCUGCGCCUGCACCUCCAGUGGUACCAGCGCAGGCGUAUAUGGCUCAUGCACCCGCGCCUCGACCGCAACAACCCGUGGGAGUACGCCCGGCGCCGGCGCCCCAAAACUACUUUGCGAACACCGCGCCAGUAAUUCCCCCUAUGCCGGUUCCUACGGUUGCUCCCGUCCAACCUGAGUACCGCGCCACGAACGAUUGUGGCGACCAUCCGCUUCCUUACGACCCCGAAUCGUACACUCGGUACUACGAUCCCUCGGGCGCCCCCGUCCCCCGAGUUCUACCUACCCCAGCCGCUGCCCCGCCUCCUCCUCCGACCCAGAACGCGGAUCCACGACCGUCACGUGGCCGUCGUCUAUCGAAUGCGUUCAAGUCCCUUUUCCAUAAAGGUGACUGUUCUCGCGCUUCGGCGCCGGCUCCUCCCCCGCAGGUCGUCUACGUACCCAUCCCUGCAGCCGGCUCUAAGCCCGCGGCACCCAAGAUGGCUCCUCAACCCGCUCCCUUGAAUCGUCCCGCGGCGAUUGCCCAUCCCGCCGAAGGGACGACCGCAAAGUCUUCUCCCGUUUUCAACAUCUAUACGCGCGAUAUGUUGCCUCAAAUUUAUGGGACUGGAAGGGACUUCCAGCGUGACCCGCACUGGAAGGGCGCCGACAAAGAGAACAUCAACGUGCUGAUGCCGGUUGGGUUAUUGGACUGUUGGUCCAUCCUUUUCAACGCUCGAAAUCUCAAGGAGAUCCACUUUUGGCACAUUACGGGGGACGAUGGCUGGCGGGAAUUCCCGUCCAUCCGGGUACGAAAGCUCAAGUCCUUUCAUAUUCAUCUUAAUGAGGGCUGGCUGACGAACCUCCUGAAUUCCCUUCGUAUACGCGACUUGCGGCAUAUGGAGGUGUAUUAUUCCUCUGGUGGCGGGGGGCGUUUUGUCUUUGACAAGGACGCGUAUUCGCAUAUCGUCGAGGUCGCGUGCCAGCAUGCGGGUGAAGGAUCCCUUCGUAUCAGUCCUAAUCAUCCGGCAUACUUUGACAGGCAUUCCAGCUUAAAAGCUUCGCUGGAGGCGGCGGUGGCACAACGCGAAUCUACUUGGAGUUUUGACAUUCGGGAUAGACGGCAAUGA